AUGCAUCGUAUGGGCAAAGUUGCUUGGUACAGCCAGUUGGCUAACCGGCUGCGGCAAUCAAAAAGCCCGUAUCUUCAAGGCCAUAAAAAUAACCCCGUGGCAUGGCAAGAUUGGUCUCCAGAGACCCUUGCUUUGGCCAAAGAUCUCAAUCGCCCAAUCUUUCUGUCCAUUGGCUACCAUUCAUGCCAUUGGUGCCAUGUGAUGAAUCGUGAGUCUUUUUCCAAUGAAACUGUUGCCGAAGCUAUUAAUGACAAUUUCGUGCCCGUGAAAGUUGAUAAAGAAGAGUGGCCCGAUCUCGACCAUAUUUAUAUGAUGUACCUGCAGGCUUCCUAUGGUCAAGGAGGGUGGCCAUUGAAUGUGUUUCUUACCCCCGAGUCAUUGGAACCAUUUUUCGGUGGUACGUACUGGGCUGGCCCUGAUGUUGGCUCGGAGACACAAAUGGGCAAUGCAAUCCCGAUGCUGGAUGUGCUGAAAGCUGUGGAUCAGCAAUGGCGCCAAAAUGAGCAGCAGUGCCGCGAGUCUGCUGCGAAGACAGUGAAGUCUCUUGCGUCUUUAGUGGAUUCUAAAAGCUCCGGUGGAUCAAUUGAGCUUGAUAAACAAGCAUUGGUUUCUCAAAUUGAGAACUCAGUGUUGGGCUCUUUCGAUAAAGAAUUUGGUGGGUAUACUGCAGCGCCCAAAUUUCCCAUGGGCCACAUGCUAAGGUUCAUUCUAGCUAGCCGAAAGAAUUUCAGUCCCGAAGUUGGUGAAAGUGCCGAGUUCACAUUGAAAAAGAUUCUCCAAGGAGGAAUCAAAGAUCAGGUUGGUAAUGGCAUUUCCCGAUAUUCAGUUUCGCGGGAUUGGUUCCUGCCUCAUUUCGAAAAGAUGCUCUACGACCAAGCCCUUCUUUUGCAGGCAUGCCUUGAGUCAGACACCGAGCCUGCUCAAGAACUCGCUGACGAUUUAUGCCAGUAUCUUAUUUCGGGACCUCAACGGGUCGAUGGCCUAUGGGUCAGCGGAGUAGACGCGGAUAGCAUGGGCGAAGAUGGCAGAAUGCAUGAAGGUGGAUACUACACGUGGACAAUGGCUGAAUUUGAGAAAGUCUUCAGUCAGAGACCGCUGUUUGACGCCGAUAUUAAUGCAAUGUAUUACGGUGUGAAAGACAACGGAAAUGUCAACGCUGAUCUUGACCCCCAAGGCGAACUUGCCGGCAAAAACGUUCUAAGUGUACAUGAGAGUGUUGAAAACGUGGCAGCUACCUUUGGCAAAUCUAAAGAGUAUAUUGAGACUGUGCUCUCCCGAGGCAAGAUUGCUCUGCGUGAAGCCAGAGCUAAACGGGCACCUCCUGCUAUUGACGAGAAAAUAAUUACCGGCUGGAAUGGUCUAACAAUUGGUGCGUUGGCAAGAGCCAGCUGGAAGCUUGGCCGAACAGACGUACUUGGCGAAGCAGUUGAAUCUAUGAGCCUACUGUUUCAAACGAAUUUCCAUCAUGGUGAACUUAUGCGCACUUCAGAUGGUAUUCCAAGCACUCACGAAGACUAUUCCUACUUGAUUUCGGGACUUCUCGAUCUUUAUGAGGCCACGUUUAUUGUCCAGUAUCUUGAACGAGCCAGGAAUUUGCAACUAGAAGCGAUUAAGAAGUUUAGCGACCCGCGCGGCGGCUUCUAUGCUUCUCAGAACUGGCCCUGGCUUAUUUUCCGUCCUAAAUCCGGGUUCGACUCUGCCGAACCUUCAUCUAACGGCGUUGCGUUAUCCAAUCUUGUGCGACUUGGACGCAUGACUCAAACCAAGCAAUUCUUCGAUGAAGCCGAGAAGCUAAUCGGUUGUUACAGUGCCGAUAUCAAAGAACAGCCCAUGGGAUAUUUGUCGAUGCUGCAGACUGUGCUCAACGACGCUGGCAUCUAUGCCAUAAUUGGUGACGGUGACAUGAGCCGGCACCUGCCCGCAAUCAAUGCCGCGCUUUCUCGAGGUGCCAGUGUUAUCAAAGUUGACAAGGACAGCGUGCACUUUUUCGACUCCCUUGAAGAACAAUGGGAGAACGCUUCCGAAGUUGAAUUUGUGGCCAUCUAG